AUGGCAUUCGGCUGUUUCGGCGCUCCGACGGGUCCGGCUAACGCUCGGCUUGUAUCGCCUCGGGCCGCGCCCCCUCGUGCCCCUCGUGCCGCCUCGUGCCCCCUCGUGCCACCUCGUGCCACCUCGUGCCACCUCGUGCCACCUCGUGCCCCCUCGUGCCACCUCGUGCCACCUCGUGCCACCUCGUGCCACCUCGUGCCACCUCGUGCCACCUCGUGCCACCUCGUGCCACCUCGUGCCCCCUCGUGCCACCUCGUGCCACCUCGUGCCACCUCGUGCCACCUCGUGCCACCUCGUGCCACCUCGUGCCACCUCGUGCCACCUCGUGCCACCUCGUGCCACCUCGUGCCACCUCGUGCCACCUCGUGCCCCUCGUGCCCCUCGUGCCGCCUCGUGCCACCUCGUGCCACCUCGUGCCACCUCGUGCCACCUCGUGCCACCUCGUGCCACCUCGUGCCACCUCGUGCCACCUCGUGCCCCCUCGUGCCCCUCGUGCCCCCUCGUGCCACCUCGUGCCACCUCGUGCCACCUCGUGCCCCUCGUGCCACCUCGUGCCACCUCGUGCCACCUCGUGCCACCUCGUGCCACCUCGUGCCACCUCGUGCCACCUCGUGCCACCUCGUGCCCCCUCGUGCCGCCUCGUGCCACCUCGUGCCACCUCGUGCCACCUCGUGCCACCUCGUGCCACCUCGUGCCACCUCGUGCCACCUCGUGCCACCUCGUGCCCCCUCGUGCCACCUCGUGCCCCCUCGUGCCACCUCGUGCCACCUCGUGCCACCUCGUGCCCCCUCGUGCCACCUCGUGCCACCUCGUGCCCCCUCGUGCCACCUCGUGCCCCCUCGUGCCACCUCGUGCCGCCUCGUGCCACCUCGUGCCGCCUCGUGCCACCUCGUGCCCCUCGCGGACGACUGGACUACUCGACAAAAAGGAAGCGGUCUCGUCGCGGUCGUUCGCCUCGCCACGCGCCGCGAACGACAAGCAAGUGAUUGGUUCCACUGUGCACAGUAA